CUCUUUUGCUUUAGACAUAUAUGACCAAGAUAUAGUUCUUCCUUCGUUUGUAAGUUUGGCUACCAGUGUGAAUCAACGGACACUGGCCCAUUGGCGCGCCACCUCCUUACCACCAACAGCCACAUAAAUUGUGCGCUCGAAGCAUCCGGCAACAUCGGCCGUCGCUGCUGGAGGACGCAUGGGCACCGACAAAAAAAGACACCCUUUGCAAUUGCCUUUUUUUGGGCGGCUGAGCGAGUCGGGUCAGCCAUACGAAGUAUAUGCGACUUGGGUUGUUGUCCGCGUCAGAUCAGAGCGGGGGAAACAAGCCAGUCGCGAAAGAACACCCAUGCCCAGGUAGCGCCCCUGCUGACCGAUGUAGUCAAACCGAGCGCACGUUGGCGGCAAGGCCUUCCCCUCUGCUGCCGUCGAGAAGCCGUCAUGGUCGUAUUCUCUCCCCUUGGACACUUGCAGCGCUUUGGCGGCCUCCGGCUCCGUCUGACACAGCCCGCCCCCUCUGCGCCAAACACUCGCGGGUUCCCACCGCCUCUACUUUGCGACAUCAAAGAAGAAGAAGAAAAAAAAGGAAACGCGCCAACAUCUGAGGAGAAAGCGGAUCCGGGAAAAGCAAGCUAACGUUGUGCAACAGCGGGACAAGAAGGACCGGCGUGUCUUGGCGGUUGUGAGUGAAGACGAGUGGGUCGAUCGGGAGUUGUGCUGUGGGGGGGGGGGGGUACACUAGAGCGGAGGGCAAGGAUGGUGUUGAUCAUUGUGUCGUUAGUGUUGACGGUUUUAGUCCCCGAAACCUUAUUUAGACAACAACCAAACACCAUCC